CUCUUCUCCAAAUCAGUUUGUAAAAAAAUCAAAAUAAUUAGGUUUUGCUUCAAUUUGUUCAUUGCAUCAAUGGGAGGAUACUGUUCGGCUGCUUUACUUUUCCACCAACGAUAGAAGCAUGCUGGGGACGUGCGACGCAGAGACGGAGUUUUUCUGAUAGUUAUCGAUGAGGCAGCUUUGGAUAUUGGGGAUGGGGAAGGGUAAAGUUGGGUAUCAUGGGAAAAUGGGAUGGCCUACAAACUAUUGGAGAUUUGGCAAAAACAUUGGUUCAAACAGAGUGGCACACAACUUAUAAGUUAGUGUACCGACUCAUUCAAUUGGCAUUGGUUUUACCUGUUACAACAGCCACAGUUGAAAGAUCUUUCUCGACGAUGAAGUUUAUCAAGAAUGAUUUGCGCAACAGGAUGGGAGAAGAAUACUUGACAGAUUGUCUGGUGUGUUACAUUGAGAAAGAUGUAUUUGUUAAAAUUGAGAAUGAAGUCAUUAUGAGGCGAUUUCAGAGUAUGGCACCUCGAAGACAAAGAUUGCCGCCUCUCAAUGAUUCUCCUUCAUUUGACACGUUAGUGUCUAAUCAAAAUUAAGGUACUCUUUAAAUAGUUAUUUUAUUUAAAUUUUUAUAGUUUUUUUUAUUGCUAUAAACGUGAUGCAUAUGAUUUUUUUAGAGUAGUAUAUGAUUUCUUUGUUAUUGUGCCCCUGCGAGUCACAAGUCCUGGUUCCGCCACUGCAAUCAUACAUAAAUGGUUGUCCCCCUAUAUUUUUUAAAUGUAUUGAUAUUUAUUGCAUACACAUAUACUUCGUAUGUAGUAUUAAUUUUAUUU